AUGCCUGGACUUUUCCCAUUGACGCUUCGACCAGUCUCCGAACGAUGCUUGAGUCGAUUACUGAUAACCAGGAUGAUGGCAGCUAAAAAAAUAAUACCACCGUCGGCCAAAAAACAACUCGAAGUAAAUACAGAUGAGGGACAUUUCAACUAUCAGCGCUACUGGUCGAGAGACAAACGUUUCGCAGCGCAAGCUCCUGGUGAUACUCCAGCACGGUUCAUGUUACGUCGUCUGGGACAUGCCUAUGAAGUGUAUCCGUUGAUAUUCUUGGCUGGUUUAUGGUUCUGCGCAUUUCUGGUGAUCGUUUACGUUAGCGUUGGUAAAGUGGAAGUUUGGCUGGAUCGAAGCCAAGAAGAAGCUCCAUGGGACUGGUCGAGAAUCCGUGAUAAUUAUUACAAGCAACAUACAGUGAUGUUCGAUGUGUUCGGCAAUACACAUCAACGACUCGAGAUUAUGGAGAAAUUACAAGACGAAAUGGCAGAAGCCGCCAGACAACGUGGCACUCGAUAA